GCGAGGUCCAUCCAGAGUUGGGAACGGGAGCAUUUGCGCAGACAGUCUGCGCUGCCCACCAGACGGGAUUUAGUAGGGGAGUUUUUUUUUUUGGCCGAGCUGCUCGAACAAUCGCUCGUAAAGUGUCUGCGAAGAGCAGCUUAGUUACGGUGUACUGGACAAUCGUCAAUAUCAGGGACCUAAACAUGGUGAUCAAAGUCUACAUAGCAUCGUCCUCUGGCUCCACUUCGAUUAAGAAGCAGCAACAGGAUGUGACGGGCUUUCUUGCAGCCAAUAAGAUUGAGUUUGAGGAGUGUGACAUCGCAGCCAAUGAAGAUAACAGGAAGUGGAUGAGGGAGAAUGUUCCGGAGGAGUGGAGGCCGACCACAGGGAACCCCCUCCCCCCACAGAUCUUCAAUGAAAGCAAAUACUGUGGGAACUACGAGGCCUUCUUUGAUGCCAGAGAAGAUAAUGCUGUGUAUGCAUUUCUGGGUCUAACUGCUCCCCCCGGCUCUAAGGAGGCUGAGGCUUUAGCAAGGAGAGAACAGCAGUAGUCUCCCCAUGUCUCAUCUGAGAACUUGGCCACAUCCCACGAUUUAGAGGCUUCACAUUUGGACUCAAUCUUAAUAAAUGUGUGUGUGUGGGGGGGGUAUCUACAACAUUCACCCAAGUUUUUAAUACCUGGGCAGUUUUUAACUUCUUUUGUUUUUUUCCUGUUUGUUUUGUUUUUCUUAAUUAACUUGUGUUCAGCUGUGCCUUUUCAGCCGUACUGAGAGGAGUUGCUAGAGCACGAUGCCCAUAAAGUGUCGUGUCUCCUGCUGUUGAAGGGUCAUACCGGUAUUGUUGAGUUUCAGCCCAUUUACUACAAAUUGCAUAUACUAUACUGUAUUUACUGUAGUUUUGAGGUUUUUGAGGGUUUUCUUUCAUUCAAAUUUCAGUUAGUAAAUACACAUUGAAAUUCUCUGCUUCUCUGGCUAACAUUUCUGUUCUCCAUGAGGAAGCAACUGACGUCUGAAUUUCGUCGGUAAAACAAUCUUUUCAUCCAGGGACUAUUUUCGGGUGAAGACGUGCGAUCUGUUGUGCAGGUGUCUUCACGUGUCGUGACCAAUAGUUGGCAAAACGCAACCCCUCAAAACAAUUCAACUGUAUUGUCCCACAAUGAUACUGUAUCUUUAACAGACAAAUAAUGUUAAUGGCGACAAGAGUGUUCAAUCUGAAGCAAGCAUUAAGUCUCUGCAAGUUGAAUUUCACACAGCAUUGAAAUGAAUGGAAACCAACGGCUGCUUGGAAUGUAGGAAAAAUGCAUUCAAAAGUCUAAAAUCAAAAGUAUGCUUGAUUUGUAGUAGAUGCGCUGAAAUAUGCAGAAACACCAGUAUGGCCCUUUAACCUUGGCUCUUGAAGCUAUUUGGCCUGAUGGGAGCAACUCAUCAGUAUAAAUGUUAACAGAUUGGUAAGACAUCAUGGCAGUUUCCUGUUUGAGAAUGCACUAAAAGAGUGCAUUCUCAGUGUGUUUGAUAAAUUAAUUUGAUAACUGCUACAUAGACCUGUAAGUUGAUUCAAAGUGCAGUGUAUCGCCUUCUCAUGUUGGUAUGAGGUUAUGAAAAGUGGUUUCUAUUCAGUCAAAUUGUGACCUCUCUUUCCAGGGUGAAGCUUGUUCCAUGCAGGUUAAGUCAACUUAGCGUUAAAAAGAGUUGUGUCUGUUGAAUCCUGGAAAUAUUCUGAUAAAUGGUGAUUUAUUAGUUGUGCAUAAAACUACCCAGUCAUGUCAUAGCCAAAAAUGCAGCACCUUCUGUUGGAGUCACAUAUUGGAAACCCAUUCUUGAUGUUUUUAUUUAGUUUAUAUUGUCUUGAUGCUAUUUUAAGAGCAAACUGUUUUCUAUGAGAUGAUAUAUGCUUAAAUAAUAAUACAUGCCAAAAUCUACGCAUCUUUAAUGGCAGUCGGGAAGUAAGAUGCACGGUGGGUGUUGUUUCUUCAGUUUGUUUUUAGGAAGUGCGGCAGAUGUUUUGCUAUGCUGUAAGCGUCCUGUUUUACAUUUCAUUUGUUUCUGAGCGUUUCUACCUUGACAAACUUGACUCCUCUCUGGAUUAAUCGAAACUUAAAUAAAAAAAAUAAAAAAACUACCAAUUUGACACAUUAAGGUCCAAUAAAAUUUUACAUUCCUUCGUCCUGAUAACGAUGUGUAAUUUUGAUGUACAAUAAAAAGGAUUUUGAGUUUACAGAA